GGCGCCACGCCGCACCUGCGCAACCUCGCCGUGGCCAUGUGCAGCCGCUUCGACCCCAUCCCUGUGUCCACCUCCCUCCUCGGAGACACUUCCGACACGACGUCCACCGGCCUUGCCCAGCGCCUAGCCAGGAAGACCAACAAACAGGUGUUUGUCAGCUACAACCUUCAAAACACAGACGGUAACUUCACGUUACUUGUAGAGAACAGGAUCAAGGAAGAGAUGGAGGCUUUUCCGGAAAAGUUCUAGCCGAGUGGCAGAAAUGAGCAUUUGUAAUUAUGUACGAUAUACAUUUCAAUAAAUGGAAUGAAUUUGA